CCAGUCCGUCAAGUCAGUUUGUAAACAAUGGCUGAAUACUUGGCAUCGAUCUUCGGCACCGAGAAGGACAAAGUCAACUGUAGUUUCUACUUUAAGAUAGGAGCAUGUAGGCAUGGAGACCGUUGCUCCAGGAUCCACAACAAACCAACCUUUAGCCAGACUGUGUUGAUCCUAAACCUGUACUGCAACCCCCAGAACUCGGCCAAGUCAGCUGAUGGAUCCCACUCAACGGUCAGCGAUGAGGAGAUGCAGGAGCACUAUGACAACUUCUUUGAGGAGGUUUUCGUGGAGUGCGAGGAUCGGUACGGAGAAAUCGAAGAGAUGAACGUGUGCGACAACCUUGGGGACCAUCUUGUUGGCAAUGUGUAUAUAAAGUUCAAAUACGAAGAAGAUGCCGAAAAGGCUGUUGUCGACCUCAAUAAUCGGUGGUUUGGGGGUCGAGCAAUCCAUGCAGAGUUGAGUCCUGUAACCGACUUUCGAGAGGCAUGUUGCCGUCAGUAUGAAAUGGGAGAGUGCACACGCAGUGGGUUCUGUAACUUCAUGCACCUGAAACCAAUCUCUCGAGAACUCCGCAGAGAAUUGUAUGGACGGAAGAGGAGGAGAUCCCACUCCCGAAGCCGCCGCCGCCACAGGUCAAGGUCGAGGUCACGCGAGCGCAGGCGGGAGAGCAAGGACAGGUCCUCGGUGCUCGACAGGUUCUCCACCCACUCUCAGGAAAAGGACCAGAGGGAAGGGAGAUUCGGCCGCUACUGAGCGAGGGGUGCCGUGGGUGGCAUUGCAUUGUAUGGUUUUUAGGUAUUUAAAUUAUUUGUCAUAGUUUGUUAAAUCAUUUUACGUGAUUGAUUUCAUUCAUAUUGUGUAUGUUUGGGAUUGUCAACAAGCCGGGUUAAAACCGUCUCGAGGUUAUUGAAUGUUAUUCUCAUUCUUUGUCACAAUAAGAAGUAAUGGUAAUGAUGAUAAUUAUAACAUUGAUAAUGAUGAUGAAAUGCAGCCAUUAAACAGAGGUCAUUCUCAACUUGCAGAUGGAAGUGGCAAUAUUAGUUUAUGUCGUUAUAAUAAGGAGAGAAAUUCACAUGUGCAAAAUUGUGUUGCAUGUCGCAGCUAUUUGGUCCCUCCAUUACCCUUGAUCUGGUUGCAUUUUGUGACAUUUACAUCCUCAUUUUGAUAUUGGACGAAGGCUUUCCACGUAGCUAGAAGAUGAUGCGUUUAACCCAAUGGUGCCGGGUGUCAGAAAUCUCUCGGCUUCACGAACUCUGGUGAUUUCUGGCAACAUGCAGACACUGGGCACAGGAGUCCACUACACGCGUUCUAGUGUGCUGCUGCGUGUAUCGGCAUAACACACAGACCAAUACGGUUUGUUAUGACAGCUGUAUGCGUGACCCGUCCGAAGGGGGUUAAGUAUGAGACAUUAAUUCAUUUAGUCAGGAAACUAUUUGUAUAAAUACUGCAUCCUGUAAAAGGUGAAAGCCUUAGGUGUAGUUUUGACUCUCUGACUGAGGAAAAAGUUCAUUAGCAUUAUGUUGAAUUCUGUAAAGUAACAUAAUACUUUUAAGAUUUUCCGUGGAAGGUCCAAGGCCACGAAAGGAUCUCAGUAAGGUAUUUAGGUUUUAUUUUGUGUGUGGUGAAUAUUACCUCUAAUACUGUGAUGGAAAAAGUGAUAAAAGUAACCUUUGAUCGUAAAGAUUAUUUAUUUAUUGUGAAAGUAAAGGAAUUACUACUCGAAUGGAAUUCUGACACAGGUGGCUAAAAAACUGAAAUAAAUGGCUUCUUAUAGCACUGAUAAUAAAAAGUCUUUCUUCAUGAAAUUUAAGGGGAAAAUGUAACAAAGGGUAGCUUUAAUUUCCUAAAUUAUAAAUAUGUAGGGAGAAAUUAGCAUGAUGCAAAAAUCAGUGCAGCCAAAAAAAAAAAAAAAAAAAAAAAAAAAUGCAAUAUGAGUUUAUUCCAAAAUAUGGUCUUAAUUAUCUUGCUAAAGGUAUUGCUCAAUUUGGUGUCAAGUGAAGUAAAGACCACGAAGGGCUAAACCACUUAUUUGAAUGAGAUUGGAUGCAAAUGCGAGACCCUGUGCUUUGUAUUUUGUUUGGCCUUUAAAAUUUGUGAGGGUUAGACUAUAAGUAAAUGAGACAGGAAAAUUAGACUGAAUUUGCUCACUUACCCAUGAUAAUUUGUCAUCUUCAAAAAUGGUGUUUUACGAUUACUUUGCAUAGUGCCACUCAGCGCUAACGUGCGAUUCUUUAACCCACUCACAAUGGGAUUUCCUGUUACCAUUCUGACCCAUGUGCUAGUUUGUAUGUGUCGUCAGCCACUUGAGGAAGAAACUGGAACAUGGGAAGCAUAAAUUUAAUGCAUUCUCUGUGCUCCUUGCUGUGGUGUAAAUGAUUGUUUAUCAAAUGAGGCUAAAAGGCAGCUUUAAGCUUAGUUUCUCCUCAGUGACUGCAUUCAGAGCCAAACAAGCAAGCAGCUGUUUAGCAGGCUCAACCGUGCACAACAUGAUUGGACAUUAUCCUGGUGGGGGUGAUGGCUUAGGCAUGGCAUGAUGGGACAAUAUCUGUUGUGAAUGGGUUAAGCCUGCAGUUAUGCGGGAAGUGCUACCAGCUGAAGUGCUUUUACUAAUAUAUUACAGCUAAUUGUAAAUGAUGACAUCCUGAGUGGUAGUUAGUGUAAUAUCCAAUGUUAUUUUAUGAUUUAGUCUUAAUACAUAUACUCCUUCUGAUUUUAGUUUUACAGUCUAGUCAUGUGAAAAUUGUUCACAAAGCAUAAUUGUCACAAGACUAAAGUAACUAAGAUUUUGAAAAAAAAAGUUGUGUAUAAAAAUCUUGCUGCUUUUGUGGAAGAAAUAAUGUAUAGUAAUGACUGUCAUGUAUCGCAAUAUAUAUAUUUUGGUAUCAGUUUUUCCUUUGGUGCAUUUUUUUAAUAAUAAGGAGGUUUUGCAGGGUCUCAUGAUUAAGGUUAAUUGCACAUGUGUAGAAAUUAAUUUUAGCUCGGAGUAAAUAGAAGGGAAGCUGUUUUAAUGAUAAGGAAGGCUAAGGUGCAUCUUCAUGUGUAGCAAGUUUUUUUUUUUUUUUAUGAAUAUUUAAACUAUUUUAUUAUAAACUUAUUUGACUCUAUUUGAUUCUACAUAUUUUUUUAGUUUAUAGUGAAGGAAGAAUUUUUGAAGCUCUGACUCACUAAAGUUUGUAAAUUUUGUCAACACACACAUUAUGUACAUAUUUAGACAGGUACUACUUGAUCCUCAUUUUAUUACGAGUUGUCUACGAUUUGUUAGCAUGUUUUAAGAACUUUGUUUUUGUUUUAAUUUUUAUGUACUUAUUUAUUUGUGUACUCUGUUUUAUUCACCAAAUAUAUAUACUGAUUUUUUUUUCUUAUUUUUGUACUUCUGUAAUAGGCUAACAAAGUAACCAUCUUAAGUGUCAGUGUCUGAAAAUAUAUAAAUGGUCAUUUUGACAAGAUAAAAAGAUGUUAACCUCAUGCUGUUAAGCAAGUCCAACAAUAAAAUAUAAAUUUGA